GUAUUCAUUUGCUCUGUUUGUGCCUCUUAACUGCUGAGGUUGAAAAGGCCUUAGAUUGUGGCCAUUUUCCUUGCCACAUGUCAUUCCAUGCUCCCCUGUCUGUAGGCAUGUUGACAAAUAUUCUUGUAUCAUUUUACUGUUUUUAUUUCUUUAUGUGUUUUUGCAUUGUCCAUGAUAGAAUUGUAUCGAUUUUAGCUCUUAACUUUUGCAACCUUGAUAUGAAAUUUCAAUUUGAAUUCCAGCCUGUAUUGCUGAGACAGAAACUCAGAGACCAGCAAGAAGAAUGAAUGCUUCUCUGGUAAAUGCUCCCCAGGGUUUGUUAACAUUCAAGGAUGUGGCUGUGGAUUUCUCACAGGAUGAAUGGGAAUAUCUUGAUUGUGCUCAGAGGGCAAUGUAUGUGGAUGUGAUGUUGGAGAAUUACAAAAAUCUGUAUUUUGUGGAGAGUCAUCGCUUAUCUCAUAAAUUUGAGAACAUCUUGGAUGAAGACACACGGUGCAUUGUCCACAAGCCUGUGAAUAUUCAGUCUUAUAAAUGUCAUGAACUUGGAAAACUCAUUCUUGAAUCCACCCAAAGUACAUCUAAUAAAAGUAGUCACAGAGAUACAUCUCUUGAAUCAUCAUACAUAAACAGACAUGGUUCUAUGAACACCAAAGAACGUUGCAGAAGUAAAAACUGCGUAAACUGUUUAAAUUUGUGCUCUAUCAUUAGUCUUUAUCAAGGAAUCCACAUAGGACAAAAAGAAUACAACACUGAGCUUGAUGAGGUUUUUGACACUAAACAUGAAAUCACGCUUAAACAAACCAAUAGUGGAAAUAAACCUUACAAAUGCAGUAAAUGUGACAAAUGCUUCUCCUGCAAAGGAGAUCUUUGGGGUCAUCAGAGAAUUCAUACAGGAGAGAAACCUUACAAAUGUAAUAAGUGUGACAAAUGCUUUACCAAGAAAUCCCAGCUUACAGUUCAUCAAAGAAUACAUACAGGAGAGAAACCUUACAAAUGUAGUGAAUGUGACAAAUCCUUUACCCAAAAAGGUGGUCUUAGUGUUCAUCAGAGUUAUCAUACAGGAAAGAGACCUUACAAAUGUAGUAUAUGUGGGAAAUGCUUCAUUCAAGGUGGUGAUCUUAAAAGACAUCAGAGAAUUCAUACAGGGGAGAAGCCUUAUAAAUGUAGUGAAUGUGACAAAUGCUUUACCCACAAAGGUGGUCUUAGAAGUCAUCAAAGAAUUCACACAGGAGGGAAACCUUACAAAUGUUCUGAAUGUAUCAAAUCUUUUAGCCGGAAACGCUAUCUUAUAAUUCACCAGAGAAUUCAUAUGGGAGAGAAACCUUAUAAAUGUACUGAAUGUGCCAAAUGCUUUACACGCAAAGGAGGUCUUAUUAUUCAUAAUAGAAUUCAUACAGGAGAGAAACCUUACAAAUGUAAUGAAUGUGAAAAAUGCUUUACUGUUAAAAGUGACCUUGGAAUUCAUCAACGAAUUCAUACAGGAGUUAAACCUUACAAAUGUAGUGAAUGUGUCAAAUCUUUUACACGGAAAGACAGUCUUAGAACACAUCAGAAAAUUCAUACAGGAGAGAAACCUUACAAAUGUAGUGAAUGUAACAAAUGUUUCACCCAGAAAGACAGUCUUAGAAGACAUCAGAGAAUUCAUACAGGAGAGAAACCGUACAAAUGUAGUGACUGUGACAAAUGUUUCACCCAGAAAGGCGAUCUUAGAAAUCAUCAAAGAAUUCAUACAGGAGAGAAACCUUAUAAGUGUAAUGAAUGUGACAAAUGCUUUACCCUGAAAAGUGAGCUUAGAAUUCAUCAGCGAAUUCCUAUAGGAGGUAAACUAUACAAUUGUAGCAAAUGUGACAAAUACUUUACCCAAAAAUGCAGUCUUAUUAUUCAUCAGAGAACACAUGCAGCAGAGAAACUAUAUAAAUAUGGUGAAUGUGAUAAAUUCUUUACCCAGAAAUGUAAUCUUAACACCCAUCAGAGAAUGCAUACAGUAAAGAAACAUUACAAAUGAAGUGAAUGAGACAAAUCCUUUACAAAGAAAAAUCAUUUUAGAAGUCAUCAGAGAAUAUAUACAGGAGAGAAAACUUACAAAUGUAGUAAAUGUGUAAAUCCUUUACUGUUGACUUACCUUUUAGAAGUUAUCAGAGAACACAUAGUGGAGAGAAACCAUACAGAAACUAUGUAUAAGGAAAGUUCCUUUCCAUAAUCUCAGGUCUAAAAAAAUUAUCUUGAAAUUCAUGGUGGAGAAAAAGUUUCCACUUUGCAAAGUGUGGCAUGUGCUGUAUGCAAGUGGUAUUUUUGUGGUACUUCAGGCUCUACACUAGAGAAAUAUUAUGAACAUAAGAAACUUGUGAAAACCUUUAUUUAAAUGUUCAAAUCUUAUUAACUAUCAAGCACUUAUGCUGAGAGAACCUCUCAAAAUGUGACAAUGAAAGAAAUUUUUCUUUAAAUCUUUUUACUUGUUCAUAAUAAAAUCCAAGUGAGGAAGCCAGAAAAAUGUGAUAUUCUGUAAUAGUUCCUUGGAGACUAAAAUACCCAUUGCAAAGGGAAUUACCCACUGAUUAAGAUUGGUAUUACUCCUCUCAAAAUAAUGACACCAAUAGCUUUCUGUAUGUCUAAUUCAAAUGAAAAAACUCAGACGAAUAGUAUAUGGCAACCUAAGCCACCAAAGUAGGAUGUUCUUUAUCCUGUAGAUAUACUUAUAGAUAUGUAGUUUCCUCCAAAUGUCCAGUGUUAAUAAUCUGUAUCAUAUGCUGCUUUCAAAUUUUAGGAUAGCAACUAUGUUUAAAUCCUUUGACUUUGACCACUAACUCCUUGUCCGUACUCCUGUAUGUAACUCCAAUAAAUCUCAUUGAUUCAACAA